ACACACCCAGCACAGCAAAGGGCUAGGGGAGAAUUUCCAGCCCGUUUCCCCUCCCAACCCUCCACAACCGGCUCACCAGCAUCCCACCAUGGCUGUGAUGCUCAACAAUGCCCACCAAGGGGGAAAAGCGUUCCGUUUGCUGAAAGCUGAACAAGAAGGGAGGUUGGAGGAAAUCAACAAAGAGUUUCUCUGCGACCCAAAGUUUAGCGAUGAAGAGGACCUGGAAGAAAAGCUUGCGGUUUUUAAAGAAAAAUACAUGGAAUUCGACCUGAAUAAUCACGGCGAAAUCGAUCUCAUGUCUGUGAAAAGGAUGAUGGAGAAACUGGGGACCCCCAAGACCCACCUGGAGCUGAAGAAAAUGAUCUCCGAAGUCACCGGGGGGAUCAGCGAAACCAUCUCGUACCAGGAUUUUGUGACCAUGAUGCUGGGCAAGAGGUCGGCCGUCCUCAAGCUGGUGAUGAUGUUUGAAGGCAAGAGUCAAGAAAGCACCCCCAAAUGUGCAGGCCCUCCUCCCGAAAGAGACCUCUCAAGCCUUCCUUAAGGGCAGAGGAGAAUACGGAACGUUUUCCACCUCCGACGACCGCAAGAUCUCUGCUCCGUUGCUUUUAAACCAGCCCGUUUUUAAAGACUCCAUCUGAAGGAAUGGCAAGGAAAAGUCCGCCAGAGGACUAUCUAAGUCCCCCCUAAUUUUUAUUCUCAACUGCAACCCGGAGAGCAAGGCCCAUGGUUCUCCAGGACAGAAGAAAACUCUAAAUGCAACAGCCAGAUUUCACGGGGCGUUUUCCAAAUAGGGGAAUGCUCUCCAAAGCCCCGGUUUUUGUUUUUUUUCUCCCAAACCCGAAAUAAUUCAGAUUUUUCUUCACCGCCACUUCUGUUCCAAGCACAAAACUACUUUUCUGAAAACGGCUUUUGUGUGCCGUGGGAAGAAAAACUAACCCCUUUGGUCCAAGGGGAAAAAAAAAAAGAAAUCCAGAUGGUUUAGUUGGGUCAUAUCUUUAAGGAGCAUAAACCACAUACCCAGGUUCUUUUUUGCAUCAGGCAACAAGCGUGUUAUUUUUACAAAACGGUGAUGACACAAAGCGAAAAGGGAAAACCAGAAGGCGUCUUUAGCCUGAAUUCAGAGCCAGUCCUAAACCGGAUGGGGCGGAUUUGAGUGACAUCAUGGUUAGUUUGGGGUGGGGAUGUCUACGUGUGAGAAAAAAAAAACACCGGCACUGUUUUUGCACAACCACCACAAAAGUUCUAAGUGUCUUUCCUGAUUUCUAGAGGAUUUUGUUUUCUCCUUCUGUCGUCCUGUAAAAUGUAAAAAAAACAAACACGUUUUUUUUUUUUGCGAUGCUUGGUUUCUUUGUUCAAGCCAAUUUCCUUGAUCAGGUCAAUGUGUACCUUCCCCUCCUUGAGACAGGUAAUCCUCGACUUACCAACCAUUCGUUUAGUGACCGUUUAAAAGUUACAAUGGCACAGGUUAAAAAAGCUAAUCUUCGCACUUCACGACGGUCGUAGCCAUCCCACGAUUGCGUGAUCGAAAUUCUGGCGCUGGGCAACUGGCAUGUACUUAUGACGGUUUCAGCGUCCGGGGUGUGUGUGUGUCACGUGAUCGUUCUUUGCGACGGGGGGAGGGGGAGCUGGAUUCACUUAAUGACCAUGCAAUUCACUUAACAACCGCACAAUUUAUUGAACAACCAUGGCCCAAAAAAAAACAGUGGUAAAAUUGCACACGGCUCACUCAACCAUCAUCCAGACGAAAAUUCUGAUUUCAAUUGUGGUUGCAAGUCGAGGACUACCUGUUGUACGUGCGUUGUAGAAUUAGAAACAUUUGACACUGGAGUUGGAUUUAAUCCUCUUAAGGUGUGCUUCUUUUAGUGGCUGAUUUCACCCAAGGUCAAGUUUCCGUUGAGUUGAAUUCAACUCCUGAUGGGUAACUGGACACUCAUCAAGUUUCUUUCGUUUUCUUAAUAUCAAUACAAAAUAAUUCGCUCUUUA